CAGGGUCAAGGUUAUAUGCAGCUUCUUCAACAGGUACUGAUGGAGAAACAGGUGUUGAUGGAAGUGAAGAAGUAACAGAUGUUGAUGGAAGUGAAGAAGUAACAGAUGUUGAUGGAAGUGAAGGAGUAACAGAUGUUGAUAAAAGUGAAGGAGUAACAGAUGUUGAUAGAAGUGAAGAAGUAACGGAUGUUAAUGAAAGUGAAGGAGUAAUGGAUGUUGAUAGAGGUGAAGGAGUAACAGACAUUGAUGUUAAUGAAGACGUAGAAAUGGAGCGUAGAAGAUCAGAUGAAAUGUUAAGCUCUCAAAAUAAUGAACCAGAAAUAGAACAAGAUUCUUCGCAAAGAAAACAAAGGAACUUGACGAUUAUGAUUGCGAAAGAUAUG